AUGGAGGAAAGAGUGCCCAGCAUGGUGAUCAGGAUUUUUCCAUUUACUAGGUUGGUAGCCAAGUGCUUCAAUCAAGCUAGCUUGCCCUAUCGUUCAUAUCUUUCUGUGGCGGAAACAAGCUAUGGCACCAGUGCUUUUAUUCCAGUGUCAAGCAAGCAUAUGGCUCUAGAGAAUGAAACUCCAGCUUCAUCCACUGGAUCAGCUUGCUGGUGGCAGCAUUCACGUUUGUGCCAGCUUGAUCAGAUGCUUGAGCACUAUCAAUUCAAAGUGCCUGCACCUCUUGAGCCAUGGCUUUUGCAUGGCCAACAGGGUAGACCCCACACUUUUGCUGAUGGAAGAGAUGAGAGCAACAAGUGCCUUCCGGAUAUCAUCACCUACAACACACUUAUUGACGGACUUUGCAAGACGGGAAGGGUGCCAGAAGCGAACAGGCUGUUUGGAGACAUGAAGGCCAAGUUUUGCAACCUGGAUGUUAUCAUGUACAGCUGCUUGAUCGGCGGGUUUUGUAAGCUGGAGAGGAUUGACAUGGCUUGCAUGUUGUUUGACGACACGCUCAAGCAGGCAAUCCUCCCCGAUGUCGUCACUUUCUCGACACUAGUGGAAGGAUACUGUAAUGCUGGACUGGUGGAUGACGCCGAGAGGCUUCUGGAAGAGAUGGUUGCCAGUGACUGCUCUCCGGACGUGUAUACUUACACAAGCCUGGUCGACGGCUUCUGCAAAGUCGGAAGAAUGGUGGAGGCGUGCAGAAGCUGGGAAGCCGACGGUGGCUUACAAGCUGCUGGAGGAGAUGGUUGGCAACGGCCGAACGUUAUCACGUACAGGAGCUUGAUCGGUGGCUUCUGUGGGACUGGGGACCUGGAAGAGGCUCGCAAGAUGCUCGAGAGACUGGAGCGCGACGAGAACUGCAAGGCGGAUAUGUUCGCGUACCGGGUGAUGAUGGACGGGCUGUGUACCACAGGGAGAAUGAGCGCAGCUCUGGAGCUUCUCGAGGCUAUCAGGCAGAGUGGCACGCCUCCUCGCCACGAUAUCUAUGUGGCCUUGAUCAGGGGGCUGUGCCAGGGGAAAGAGCUCGGCAAAGCCCUGGAAGUUUUGGAAGAGAUGACGCUCUCGAGGAAAAGCAGGCCAAAUGCCGAGGCUUAG